ACCUUAUUCCCCUUGUUGGCUCUUCGUAUGUUAACGCGACCGAUUUGUAACAAUGAGUAGAUCAGGUUCGAUGCACGUCCCACAGAAAGUUUUAUGGUCAACAGCAAUGACUUCCUGUCAGGCUACUCUGUCUCUACUCACCUUAUACGAAAAGGAAGACUAUGCAUUGGUCAAUUCCGCCCUUCAUUCCCUUCGACAACUUGUGGGUCUAGGUUCAAACUUUGAACAUAUGAAAGCUGUGCAAAAGACACACCAACCAACAACUGAGAAGAAGAAACCGCGAGAAAUGAAAGAUAGGACAUUUGAGCCGAACGAAAAUUGGCAUAUCGUUGAUCGCUCGGAGAUCCAUAUACCAAUAGGAGGAAGUGACUUCAUCACAGCUAAAGUCGUUGAUACUGCGGCACGUCUAGAAGCUAUCAUUCCAAUCUUAAACAACGCUAAAAAGAUUGCUCUCGAUUGCGAGUUUCUCGGCGAGAAGAACAAGACCCCUGAAGUAAAAUGCAUUCAAGUGGCUCCCUCAGACCGAAUUGGUUACAACAUUCUCGUCGAUCGCAUUGGCGUUGAUAUCGUUCGAGACCUUUUGGGUCGUAUAUUAACCUCACCAAAGGUCCACAGAAUCGGUUGGGCUUUCAAUACUGAUGCUAGUGCAAUGGAAAGGCUCUUUGAUGUCACCAUGGGCGGUGCCUUAGAUCUUCAAGCCAAACUGAGGGAUAUCGAAGGCGAAACUAUGAAUCUAGGUAGUGCUGUACACAAGUAUGCGAAAUCUUGGGCUGGCUAUCAAAGAUUUCUCGAAGCCAAAUCGCUUGCGGCAUCGUUUCAUUUUACGGGAAAGGAUUGUGUCUGGUUACAGUACCCUUUGGCGCCGGCUGCCUUGGUAUAUUCUGUAUUUGACGUGGUUAGCCUUUUUGCGCUGGAUGAAGCAACUACCUUACAUCUGACUCUAGAAAGCCAUUUCUGGCCCAGGUGCACCAUGUUGAAUCAAAAAGGCAAGGGCAAUAAAGGCUCUAAAAGUACAUCUUCUGCAGUGGCUGUGGUGGAUAGCAUGGAGGAGUUCGAGUUCGAUCCCCAAGACAAAGAAUUCCUUGAUUUUCCGCGAGAAAAACCCCCGUCAUCAAGCCAAGAAGACGUAAAUUACAUAGAUGACUUAAAUCUCGCUGUUCAGCUAUCACUUCGGGAGGCAGAAAAGGCAAAGACGACAGCUAAUAAACUUAAUGAGGUAGCGCCGACGGUGGGUGACCAUGAUACAAAACGUAAAAAUAAGAUGACACAUGAAGAGCGAAAAAAUAUUUCAAAAGCAGUAAAUCGCAAAGGACAGUCAAAAGCUGAUGCCAAGUUCAGUACACGCCAAACUCAAAAAGAAAUAGUCGAUAAAAAAGAGGAAGAGGAUGAUCAUGGAACGGUCACACAUUAUAACCUAUCCUCCUCUAGUGAUACCACAACAAAAGACGCUGCGACAUGGGACACGGACUCCAAGAAAGACGACAUGUUGGAAGAUAUGCAAGGUCUAAACGAAGAAGAAGAGAUUGAAAUGUGGAAAGGGUUUGCCAUGCAGCAGUGGAAGCGAGGAGAAGAUGUCACGGUGGAUGACACUAGUAGAGCCAGUCAAUGGCAAUCCCCGGCUCCUAGAUCAUCACCAAAGGAUUCGAAACAACUGGCAGGUGAGAGUAGGCCACCUCACGUUGCUGGUAGUCCUCGUCUGUCAACAAAUAAGCGAGAAAAGUUCCAAAAUGAUACGAAGAAAAGACAGAAACCGCAAAGCAAUGGAAGUCGUGACGAAGUUAGUUCUUCUGGUGAAUCAACUGAUCGAGUUACACCCGCUAAAGCUCGCAGCCCUGUAAUCAACAUGCAUCCUGUACUCCUUCAGAAGAGCCAAGCACUUUCAGAGGAUAAUUACGAAUCAGACAUGCCUCUCGAUGACGAUUCCUUACUACAUCUUCAUACUAUCAACUCACCUGAACGCUUGAAAAAUUUGAAGUUCGCCAAUGCCAACAAAGCAUUGACUUCCACCGUUGCCAUUCUUGGUCACUUCCAACAGACCUCAUCGAGAAAAAAGAAGUUGCAUGCAAUUCAGUUACUAACAGAGUCAGAUGAUGUCUAUACGAUUUUACUGGACAGUGCAGUUCCUAAUCCCAACGAUCUUCAAGGAUCGCUGCUCGAGUAUGUUCUCACCGCAUCCACCAUUCGUCGUGUAUCCUGGGAAUUUGAGGAAUUAGCAAACCACAUUGAAAGGCGACUCAUGAUUAGACCUGGAAGAACUCUUUGUUUAAAGCCGAGAAUGGUGGCCCUCAACCCCAACAUCACUCUACAGAAUGCCGUUAACUUCCUGUUAGGUCCAUGGAAGCAAAAGGACCUGUAUGAUAUAUUACACGGUGAAAAGGCUAACCUUAAGGGCGGAAAGUUUGUGGAUUACUGGGCAAAAGAUUUACCUCCAUAUCAAAUCAUCAAAGCUGGUGUAAUUGAAUGUAAGGCUAUUGAAGAUAUGUCUCGUGUGGAUAUGUUCAGCGACGGCAAAAUUUGCGACAGCGACUUUUGGGAUGGCAUGUCAAAAUAAAGUCUUUGUAUUGCACUCGCGGAUUUUUUUUUUUUUUUACACAUUCUGUUCAUUGUAUUUUGCUAUCCUUGUGAUUAAUUAUACGUAAGCAAUUGCCAUACUCCAUAAUGAUCGUGGGUGUCUGUAGGUCGCUUUGACAGCAGAAAUAAAAGAAAAUGGUUUGAAUCUUGU